AUGCUGACUGAGCCGGAUACAACUAUAGCUGAUGCUGAUACAACCACAACUGAGCCGGAUACAACCAUAACUGAACUGGAUACAACCACAACUGAACUGGAUACAACCACAACUGAGCCGGAUACAACUAUAGCUGAUCCGGAUACAACCACAGAACCUGAGUCAACCACAACUGAGCCAACUGCAACCACUUCGGAUCCAGGUGAAAUCACAACGGCCCAGUCAUCAGCUGUACUUCAGCAGCAAGCAAACGCAGUGAACAAACAGGUGAAUAAACUCAAGAAGCAAUUACAGGCGUUUGAGAACAUGCAGAAUGCGUUUGACCAACUUGCUAGCGCAAUUGGCAUUGGCAGAAGGCGGAAGAGGUCCGCGACAGAUCCUGACAUCACCAUCAGUGGCAGCAACAUCACAGUCACGCCAUAUUGCAACAUUUCUGGUGAUUCUGCAACAGGAUCUCCGACGGAUAUCCUGGUGGAGGUUCUGGAAUUUGUUCGAGAUAACCUUACGAGUGCCAGCACUGACCAAAUCGACUGCAUUGUCAGUCUCAUCACCGAGCUCACAGAUUUAAUCACCAACGGUAAUGUUACCAUUGACGAUCCCAGUACCCUACAAGCCACCAUCCAAGCAGCUAAUAGUACGGUCGGGUCUGCAGUUACCGAAACCUCGAAUGAAAUUAAUACCCUUAACGAUCGACUUGCCGUUUUAAAUGCAGCUAUUGCAGCAUUGCAAGAGACAACCACAACAGAGUCUGAUACAACCACAACUGAACCUGAUACAACCACAACUGAACUGAUCACAACUGAACUUACAACCACAACUGAACCUGUGGAACCUGAAACUGAACUGACCCUGAUACAACCACAACUGAACCUAUUGACCACACUGAACUGA